AUGGAGAGUUCGAGGAAGCACUACGAAGAAAUUGACGGGCAAGUUUCACUACCAUAUUGGGAUUCCACUCUCGACAACAAUAUGGAGAAUCCGGAAAACACGAUCUUGUUCUCACCAGGGUUCCUUGAAAACGGUGGCAGACAGGUAAUCUCGGGACCAUUCGCAAACUGGGUAACCCCUAUUGGUCCAAUAACAAGAAAUAUCAGUGGCGAAGGAAUGUUGUUUAACAAAGAGCAUAUCCGAAUGAUUAUGACGCGUUGUCGGGCUCGCGACAUUACCCGUCCAACAGCGUUAGAUGAGUUCAACCUCGAUCUUAUCCACGGUGCUCCUCACCGUUGGGUUGGUGGACAGAUGUCCGGUCUUAAUACAGCCGCCCACGAUCCCGUAUUUUUCCUCCACCACGCUUUUGUAGACUACAUAUGGGAAAUGUUUCGCAACCACCAUUUUUUUAACUGUGCAGUUAAACCCAGCUUAAAUUAUCCAGAAGCCACUGGUCAACAUGCCCCCGAGAGACCAAUGGACGGAUUACCAGGAUACGUCAACAAUGAUGGUUAUCAAAGCUUUUGGACGCAGAAUUGGUAUAGAUACGAACGUGCUCCCACGUGUCCUGAUUGUGGUUCCCCGUAUUUAACAUGCGACCCGGUCCGCGAUGUGUGCGUGCCUGUUGAACGUACGAUUGUUCAAACUGAUAAUAGAAAAUAG